ACCACCAUGUUUCACCUCAUUCUCCUCCUCCUCCUCCAUUCCGCCACCAUCACCACCGCCACAACCACUACCACCAUCUCACAACAAUUCAAAGAAGCCCCACAAUUCUACAACUCACCAGAAUGCCCAUUAACCACCACCACCACCACCAAGAACAACAACAACACCGUCCACGUCGCCAUGACCCUCGAUGCCGCUUACAUUCGUGGCUCAAUGGCCGCGAUCCUCUCCGUCCUCCAACACUCCUCCUGCCCGGAAAACAUCAUCUUCCAUUUCGUCACCUCAAGUUCCUCCAACACGUCUCUCCUACGCGCCACCAUCGCCACCUCUUUUCCCUACCUUAACUUCCACGUCUACCGGUUCAUGGACUCCAUAGUAUCCGGACUAAUCUCCACAUCCAUACGCGCCGCCCUCGACUGCCCACUAAACUACGCCCGCAGCUACCUUGCUAACAUACUCCCUGCCCACGUUAACAAAGUAGUGUACCUCGACUCCGACCUCGUACUCGUUGACGACAUUGCCAAACUCGCUGCCACUCCCCUCGGUGACUCAAUUCUCGCCGCGCCCGAAUAUUGCAAUGCAGAUUUCGCGAUCUACUUCACGCCAACGUUCUGGUCAAGUCCGUCGCUUUCGUCCACUUUCGCGGACAGGAAACCGUGUUAUUUCAACACCGGAGUGAUGGUCAUGGACUUGGGCCGGUGGCGGGCUGGGGAAUAUACGACAAAGAUAGAAGAAUGGAUGGAGUUGCAAAAGCGCAUGCGGAUUUAUGAACUCGGGUCUUUGCCUCCGUUUUUGCUUGUUUUUGCCGGAAAGAUAGCUCCUGUGGAUCAUAGGUGGAACCAGCAUGGGCUUGGUGGGGAUAAUUAUCGCGGGUUGUGUCGCGAUUUGCAUCCAGGGCCGGUUAGUUUGUUGCAUUGGAGUGGGAAGAGUAAGCCGUGGGUGAGGCUUGAUGCGGAGAGGCCGUGUCCGUUGGAUGCUUUAUGGGCACCUUAUGAUCUUUUGAUGCCUCCUUUUUCGUUUGAUUCUUGAAGAACUGAAGUUGUAUAUUAUGUAAAACAUAUAUAUAAUGAACACAUAUACAAAUGGUGUUGAGUUUUGUAAUUA